AUGUCAAGCUUUUAUCGCAUCUUUGGAAAGAUAGAGAGCAGUGAGAGCAAUGACAGGUCAUUAAAUCAUGGAAGGCGGUCCUCUUUGAGCUGGAGACGUCGGCUUAGAGUGGGUGAAAAAGAGCAGCUUGAUCUUUUAUUUAAGGAAAUUGCCGAGUUGGAGAGGAAUUGUGAUAGCAAGGAUGAUUUCUAUUGGUUGGGUAAACUUAAUAAUUUCAAGGCCAGGGACAUUUCUUUGUUAAUUCAGCAGCACAGUGCUUCUCAGAUUAUUCAUUUGAGAGGAAAUCUAUCCUUCACUUCAAUAUGGAAAUGGAGACUUCCUCCAAGAAUUCAGUUUUUCACUUGGUUAGUUGUUCGAAACAGAAUUUUCUCUAAUGCUUCUUUAGUUUCUAGAGGUAUUUUGAGUCGAAAUCAAAUUGGUUGUUCAGCUUGCGGUUGGGAGGAAACGAGUAUUCAUAUUAUUUGCCAUUGUUCUUUUGCUUGGAAAUUUUGGUGCCUUAUUUUGAAUAAAUGUGAUAUUGUCUGGGUUCCUCCGCCUUCAAUUGAUCUCUUCUUCGACUUAUGGACUUCUUUAUCGAAUUCUUCUCAUAAGGAUCUUUGGCGUCUAGUUUGGUUUUUCGGUAUUUGGGGUCUCUGGAAAGCUCGCAAUGAUAGAGUGUUCAACGAUUUGGAGGUUUCAUAUGAGUCUCUAGCUUAUUCUUGUAUUUGUAAGGCGGUUCAGUUUUUUAUCGCUUUUCAUCCGCAUUUUCCAUAUUCGGGAAACAAUGUUUUUAGAUGUUUGGAUAAUUUUGUAGUCCCUUGA